GGGAGCGGGCUCCCCCUCGCGAUCGGCAGGGACGGCAAACCCUGUUGAAGGAACAAGGAGGCGGUCCCGGAGGCGGAGCAACACCUGGGCAGGAAGGGCAGGCAUGAGCAACCAGCUGAGUCCAGUUCCAGGCCACUAGCGGCAGGCACAGCAGUCCGGAAUCUAAAGGAUGGAGCCGACUACCUGUAAGACGAGUGAAUCAGAGGAAGACUAUGUUGAAGAAGAAGAAUCCGAAGAGGAAUGUGAUAAGGAGGAAGUUACCAUCCCUCCUGACCCUUCUGAGCAGACACUCUCAAAGGCUGACUGUGAGGCAUUGGGGAAUGAUGUUCCCUUAUCCAUUGUAGCCACGAAAAUUCCGAAAAAAGACAUAGCCCCAGCUGACUUAGAUGAUUUAGAGGUUGGAAGAAGAAAGAGAAAGCAAAAAUGCAGAGCCCUGGCCAUCAACCUGACCAACUGCAGGUAUGAGAGUGUGCGUCGGGCAGCCCAGACGUGUGGCCUGAAGGAGGUGGGGGAAGAUGAAGAAUGGACCGUGUACUGGACAGACUGCGCUGUCUCACUGGAACGCGUCAUGGACAUGAAGAGGUUUCAGAAAAUCAACCACUUCCCUGGCAUGACAGAAAUCUGCCGCAAAGACCUGCUGGCCCGGAACAUGAAGCGCAUGCAGAAGCUCUACCCCCUGGAGUACAACAUCUUCCCGCGCACCUGGUGCCUCCCCGCCGACUACGGGGACUUCCACGCCUGUGGGCGUCAGCGGAAAACCCGAACGUUCAUCUGCAAGCCAGACAGUGGCUCUCAGGGCCGCGGCAUCUUCAUCACCCGGAACCCCCGGGACAUCAAGCCGGGAGAGCAUAUGAUCUGCCAGCAGUACAUCUCCAAGCCCUUCCUCAUUGACGGCUUCAAGUUUGACAUGCGCGUCUACGUCCUGCUCACAUCCUGUGACCCCCUUCGGAUCUUCAUGUACGAGGAGGGCCUGGCCCGCUUCGCCACCAUGCCCUACAUGGAGCCCAACCAGAACAACCUGGAUGAUGUCUGCAUGCACCUGACCAACUACGCGAUCAACAAGCACAACGAGAACUUCGUCCGGGAUGACGCCAUGGGCAGUAAGAGGAAGCUGUCGACGCUCAACACCUGGCUGCGGGAGCACAGCUACGACCCCAGAGAGAUAUGGGGGGGCAUUGAGGACAUCAUCAUCAAAACUAUCAUCUCAGCUCAUUCUGUGCUCCGCCACAACUACCGAACCUGCUUUCCCCAGUACCUGAGUGGGGGUACUUGUGCCUGUUUUGAAAUCCUUGGUUUUGACAUCUUGCUGGACCACAAGCUGAAGCCCUGGCUGCUGGAGGUAAACCACUCUCCAAGCUUCACCACUGACUCACUCCUGGACCAAGAGGUGAAGGACACGCUGCUCUCUGACACGUUGGUCCUCAUCAACCUCCGGGGCUGCGACAGAAGGAAGGUGCUGGAGGAAGACAGGCGCCGAGUGAAAGACCGGCUCCUCCAGUGCCAGCAGGAGCUGCGAGAAGCCAGGCGCGAACAAACCGAGUUGUCCCAGGCAGCACUGCUGGACCAGGAAUGCUACGAGGAUUCUCACCUUGGGGGCUACCGGAGGAUCUACCCUGGGCCCGACACAGAGAAGUACGCGCCCUUCUUCAAGCACAGCGGCUCCCUCUUCCAGGAGACGGCGGCCUCCAAGGCCAGAGAGGAGUGUGCCAGGCAGCAGCUGGAAGAGAUCCGCCUCAAGCAGGAACAGCGUGACAUCUUGGACACUAAGAGGCGAAAGGAAAACAAGGAGCAGAACCAGGGGGAGUCGGCAGGGGAGAAGAGCUGUUGCAGGACCAGGCCCCGGGGCUUCCCCACCCACUUGGCUUACCGGAACCAGAACCGGAACCGGAAGAAAGAGCUGCUCCCAGGGUACCUGGACACCAUGCAGCCUCAAGAAAUUGUGGAAGAGGAGGAGCUGGAGCGCUUGAAGGCCCUCCUGCAGCGGGAGAAUCUCAUCCGAAGCAUGGGCAUCGUAGAGCAGAUCACCAGCAUGGUGCACCCCAACCACCAGGACCAGAAAAAGCUUCAUGAGUAUCGGCCUAGAUCUCAUCCGGACGGGCUGAGCAGUCAAGAACUGCCGUCUAUGAGUCUGUUCCCAUUGGUCCUCAUGAGCAGGGCGGACAAAGAGCAGGGCCCUCCUCAUGUCCUGCAUCCAGUUCGAUCCCACGAGUUGAUCCCCAGGAUCUUAGGGCCAUUGCCACGCAUGAACACUGCAUUCCUGCCUCAUGCCCGGUACUACCUACAGCCCAGGAACUUCAACUGGAUAAGAGAUCCAGCCGCCUUUGGCCCCUGUUCAUUGUCAAUGAAGAAAUCUGACGAACGCUGUUUUCCCAUUCCCAGAGUCAGGUCCAAUAGCCAAGGCCAAGCCAGCAGAAGGCUAGAAGCCAUAAACAGAGCCAUGGCAGGAUCAGUGCCAUCCUGUUUAACCCCAAAGCAGGGCUAUUUUCUGCAACGGGAAAGAGUGGUAAGUAGCCCGUGGACUGAAUGCAGCUUGCCCUCCAUCGUCGACUGUGGACACAGAGCAGCCAAGGCCCAGGACCUGCCCCUCUGCCGUGCCUCCGCACCCCUGAUGCAGAGUACCACUGCGGCCCUGGACAUCAGCCACCACAGGUAA